AUCAUGCACCCAUCCAUGUCUGCCCCUGCAGAAUUCGCCGUGUCAAAAAAAAAAUAUUCCAUUUUGCUCCCCACAUACAACGAACGGAAAAACCUGCCCAUUCUCGUUUGGCUCAUGAUGGAGUAUCUGAAGGAAUUAGCUCACCCCUGGGAGAUCGUCAUUAUCGACGACUCGAGCCCAGAUGACACUCUGGAAGCCGCUCAACAGCUACAGGCCAUAUAUGGCAAAGAAAAGGUGGUAGUUUGUUCGAGGCCCGCGAAGCUUGGCCUAGGAACUGCAUAUUUGUACGGCUUCCGCCAUUCAACCGGGGAUUUCAUCAUUUGCAUGGAUGCGGACUUCUAUCACCACCCCAAAUACAUCCCUCAACUCAUAAAAAAGCAAUUCGAGAGAAAUGCUCAUAUUGUUAUCGGCUCUCGCUAUCUACCUGGUGCCGGCAUUCACGAAUGGUCUCGAAAACGUCGACUUAUCUCGUUUACUGCAAACUACAUUUCGAGAACGUUCGUGCUAGGCUCCAACGUUUCCGAUUUGACGAAUGCCUAUAGAAUGUACCAGCGAUCAGCCUUCGCCACACUCAUUGGGAUGUGCACUUCUAAGGGCUAUUCGUUUCAGACCGAAAUCAUCCUGAAAGCCGCAGACCUCAACCUAAUAAUUGACGAAAUCCCAAUCAGAUGCAUAGACCGGGUUUAUGGCACGUCAAAACUCAGUCUCGGUGACAUCAAGGAAUACGUAUCUCUACUGAUCACCGCAUUCUUGAACAUAAAAAGUAGCACGCAUGGCAAUUGUUCAGUACCAACGUAAAUCACCAACUGACAAAAAUAUAUACAGCGCUCGUCAAUGCCAGCGAUGAAGUGUCACGAGGGGACCUGGCGCAAAUAAACACACUUUCUAUUAGAGAACUAGAAAAAUAUUUUAAAAUGCUACGUUGGAAAGGUUUUAUUAGCCAAAUAUACCACGGCUGUACUCAUGUUACUAGAUUAUACAUAACCUAGAACAAAGACAACGCCAAAUUAGCUCCUCAUGUGCUCCUUGAUUUCGCCCACCUUCUUUUGGGAUGCGGCUUUCGCUUCUUGUAGUGUAUCAGAAACAUAUUGGACAGGUCCAGAGUGCUUUACCGAAUCCACCAUUUGAUGAAUCUUUCCUUCGCUUUGCUGUACUGGCUCACUGUUCUUGACAUCGUGGGCAGCAUCCCUCGCGUGCUGAGCGGGCUCACUCCUAGAUGCAGACUCGGCUGCCUCGUUUGCCUUUCUUGCCGGUUCACUUUCUUGGUGACUCAUGGUGAUUAAUGAUUGGUUCGUCUGUCAAACAUCCUUAUAUUGCACAAGUUAAAAAAUUUUCGUGAAUAGUACCACCAAAUACAAUAAAUUCGG